UCCCAGUAAUAACUUAAAAAAAGAAGACCUGCAGGACAUGGACAGUAAUGCUCUGGACUCUGAUGAUGAGUGUUUAAUGGCAAUUAAGCAACAAAAGUUGGCAAAGAAAACUGAACAAAGUAUGAAUGAUAGUGAUGCAGUUAAAACCAACAGAGGAAGGAGGAAAAAGCCUAAACUCUUGGAUAAAGAGAAAAAUAAACAAGUUUGCCAUGAGUGUGGCGAGACUGUGCAGAACCUCCAUCAACAUUCACGUAAGCACCGGUCAAAGACCAAGGUAUUCCCCUGCGAAUUAUGUCCAAAAGUUUUUAAUUAUGCUAACAACAGAAAAAAGCAUAUCACAAGGACACAUCUUGGAAUCAAGCAGGAGUGUGACAUUUGUCAUAAAAAAGUAGUAGCUUUAAACUCUCACAAGCUGGUAAUGCACAAUCGUGAGGCUCUGAAAUUUGCAUGCACAAUCUGUGAUCACCGAGUGUCAACACAGCUGCACCUGGAGAAACACCUGCAGACGCACAACAACGAGAGGCCGUAUGAGUGCCACCUCUGUGACGGGAAAUACAAGACUAAUGUUCAGCUGACCUUGCAUAAACGUGAAGUUCAUGAUAAGGAGAAGAGGCACUUGUGCCAGUAUUGCUCAAAAGGCUACUUCAAGAAGUCCCGCUUACAGGAACAUUUGAGGUCCCACACCAAUGAGACUCCAUACGAGUGUCCCGAGUGUGGCACGCGGCACCGCACCAAGCAGACCCUGAGCCAGCACCUCCUGAGGCACAGCGGGGUCAAGGGGCAGCACUGCAAGCUGUGCCCCAUGAGCUUCUAUACAGCCGGGGGGCUGUCGGCGCACAUGAUAAAACACUCGCAGUCCAGAACGCACAAGUGUAGCUACUGCGAGAUGUCGUUCAAACGCUCCGACAACCGCAAGGUCCACGAGCGCAAGGUGCAUCUGCACCACCUCGCCACGGAGCCGAGGGACUCUUGAGUCUUGACGUGUGGGGAGAUAGCGUAGCCAGAGAAGAAGAAUACUGUGUGCGAAACACGUUGUCGGCUCGAGUCGAUAGCAUCAUUUGAUAGCAAUUUGUAUCAGCGCUCCUGUCGGUAGCCUGAAACUAAUGAAACGCAUACAAAAUGCAGUGACCGGCGGCCUACCGAACUAUCGACUGUGUUCGAGC